AUGCCAGUAAUAAUAGAACAUCCACUCGAUGUAAUUGUUGCUAAAGGUGAACCGGCAACCCUAAAUUGUGCAGCUAAAGGUCCUGAUUUACAAAUUACAUGGUUCAAAGAUGGAGAACCGGUGAUUACAAAUAAUGAAGAAAAAAAUUCACAUCGUUUAGUACUUCAUACCGGUGCUUUAUUUCUACUUCGAGUUAAUAAUGGUAAAGGAAAAGACGCAGAUUCGGGGACAUAUUAUUGUGUCGCAAAAAAUAAAUAUGGUGAAGUAUGGUCAAGAGAGGCAUCGCUCAAGAUUGCCAUGCUUCGAGAUGAUUUCAGGAUAAGACCAAGGCCGAUACAGGCAGUGAUUGGUAACAGAGCAGUUUUAGAAUGUUCUCCGCCACGCGGUUUCCCAGAACCAGUUGUCUCGUGGCGUAAAGAUGAACGGGACUUACGUCCUCAGGAUGAGGAUGGUAUUGUGCUACAUCCAAGUGGUAAUCUCGUUAUCGAAAAGGUGCAACGAUCUGAUGCAGGUUUUUAUCAGUGUGUGGCAACAAAUAUGGUUGGUGAAAAAGUAUCGAAUCCAGCACGCUUAUCUGUAUAUGAAAAACCUUAUUUUUUACAAAAGCCAGAAAACUUGACGGUCGAAGUAGGCUCAUCGGUACUGUUCGACUGUCGUGUUUCUGGUGAUCCGAUGCCUUCAAUAUCGUGGAAGAAAAGAAAUCAACAAAUGCCCGUUGGCCGAGCCUAUAUCGCAUCGGACAAUCGUGGAUUACGCAUUGAUAAAGUUCAGCCAAAUGACGCUGGAGAAUAUAUUUGUCAGGCGAAAAAUCCAGCCGGAAGCAUAGAAACAUCAGCUUUGCUAAGUGUACAUGCUGCUCCAUCUUUUACAAAAACUCCUCGUGAUGUACUUGUUGAUUCUGGUUCUACUGCAAAAUUCCGGUGUGAAGCAGAAGGUCAGCCUCAACCAGCGUUAUUUUGGUCAAGAGAAGGCCAACAGGAGGUAUUCUUUCCGGGUCACAUAUCUUCAGACGGAAGAAUAAAAGUGACUUUUGAUGGUGAUCUUACCGUUGCGGAUGUAAGACCUGCUGACGAAGGCAAUUAUGUAUGUGCUGCAAUGAAUCUAGCGGGAAGUAGUCUCACCAAAGCUGCACUAAAAGUAACGAGUAAAAGUAAGUCUUGUAUAACUAUAUGA